GAGGGAUACCGAGCUUGGCGCUGGACUCCGAUCUCAAGUGAAGUGGAGAAACUUUUUCAAAAGUUCCAGGAUCUGUUUCGAGUCGCACGGGAGCCGCGUCCGAGCUGCUGCGGGAAAUACGGAAUUGGACUAUAUCGCGAAGGCUCACAUUUCUAUGUAAAUCACUAAAGUGAACUUUAUGACGCUGCUUUGUCUUAAUGUGAUCCUUGGAACUUCAAUCACUGAGUCAUUUUUUUAAGGAUGUAUUAUUGCUGACAUUUUUUACGAGGACUAGGAUCGAGUUUCCACAAAAAUGGGGAAUUACAGACUUUGGAUAUUUCUGUCAAUAUUAUAUCUGGCGCAUGUUUGCGAAGGAUUGCACUGCGUGGAUAUACACACACCCUGCGAAAAUGGAGGAAUGUGUAUCGAUUCAAAAUGCUUGUGCCGGCCUGGUUUUAUUGGUUUGCACUGUCAGCAUCUGGACCCUUGUCACCGUUCACCUUGUUUAAAUGGAGCCGCUUGCAAGAGCCAGUUGGCCAAUGGAUUCCCACAAUACACAUGUGUGUGCCAGCGAGGAUUCAGAGGAAAGGACUGUUCCAUGAUUGAUGCAUGUGCCACAAACCCCUGUGCCAACGGUGCCCGUUGUACCAAUUGGAAUAAUCACUACAACUGUUCGUGCCCACCUGGUUUUCAGGGCAAGAACUGUCGCACUGACAUUGACGAGUGCCGCAAACCUGGAAAGUGCCUUAACGGUGGAAUCUGCGUGAACACGCACGGCUCGUUCAGCUGCGAGUGCCAGGCAGGGUACAGCGGGCGGACGUGUGAGGUACCCACCCAGCCUUGUGCCCCCUCGCAGUGCCUCAACGGAGGCACCUGCCAUCAGACCAGUGACCACACCUACGAAUGCGCUUGCUUGCCAGGAUUCCGGGCACACAACUGUGAGAAGAAUGUGGAUGACUGUCCAGGACACAAGUGCAUGAAUGGUGGGAUCUGUGUAGAUGGUGUCAACACAUACAACUGUCAGUGUCUGCCUGAAUGGACAGGACAAUAUUGUGCAGAGGAUGUCAACGAGUGUCUUAUGCAGCCCAAUGCUUGUCACAACGGUGGUACAUGCUUCAACACAAUCGGUGGACACACCUGCGUGUGCGUCAACGGCUGGACUGGAGACGACUGCAGCGAGAACAUCGAUGACUGCGCUACGGCCGUCUGCUUCAACGGGGCCACGUGUCACGACCGCGUGGCCUCCUUCUUUUGCGAGUGCCCAGUUGGCAAGACCGGUCUGCUCUGUCAUCUCGACGAUGCGUGCGUCAGUAACCCCUGCAAUGAAGGUGCAGUGUGCGACACUAACCCUUUGACCGGACAGGCCAUCUGCACCUGCCCGGCUGGCUUUGUCGGCGGAGCCUGCAACCAAGACAUGGAUGAAUGUUCUAUUGGUGCCAACCCCUGCGAGCAUUUAGGGAAAUGUGUAAACACAGAGGGCUCGUUCCAGUGCCAGUGUGGACGGGGUUACACCGGCCCUCGCUGCGAGAUUGAUAUUAACGAGUGUCUGUCCAUGCCUUGCCAGAACGAUGCCACCUGUCUGGACCGCAUCGGCGAGUUCACAUGCAUCUGUAUGCCUGGCUACCAGGGGACGUACUGCGAGGUGGACAUUGAUGAGUGUGAGAGCAACCCAUGUGUAAACCAUGGCAUCUGCCGAGACAUGGUCAACGGCUUUACCUGCACCUGUCAGCUAGGGUUUAGUGGCACCAUGUGUCAGAUCGACAUUGAUGAGUGCGCCAGCACUCCUUGCCAGAAUGGAGCCAAGUGCAUUGACCGCCCCAACGGAUACGAAUGCCGCUGCACUGAAGGGUUUGAAGGAACCCUGUGCGAGAGCAACAUUGAUAACUGCAAGCCUGACCCAUGCCACCAUGGCACUUGCUUUGAUGGCAUUGCCAGUUACACAUGUAACUGCGAUCCCGGCUACACCGGCUACCGCUGCGAGAACCAGCUCAAUGAGUGCCACAGCAACCCCUGCCAGAAUGGCGGCAAGUGUGUGGACCUUGUCAACAAGUAUAUCUGCCAGUGUCAACAUGGCACCUCAGGCACCAACUGUGAAAUCAACUAUGAUGACUGUGCGAGCAACCCUUGUGACUAUGGGAUCUGCAAAGAUGGCAUCAACCGCUAUGAAUGUGUCUGCCAACCCGGUUUCAGUGGACCUCAAUGUAAAGAUGAGAUCGACGAGUGUCAAUCAAACCCCUGUCGCAAUGGAGGCACUUGUGUAGAUGAUGAGAAUGGAUUCCACUGCCAGUGCCCUGAAGGCUUCCAUGACCCCUUCUGUUAUUCACAAGUGGACGAGUGUGCCAGUAACCCAUGCUUGCACGGAACCUGCAUUGAAGACCCCAACGGGUAUCGGUGUGACUGUGAGUCUGGAUGGGUGGGGAAGAACUGUAAUCUAGACCGAAAUGACUGUUUGCCAAGCCCGUGUCAGAAUGCAGGCACCUGUAUUGACCAGCUCAAUGGUUUUAGCUGCAAGUGUCGGCAGGGAUUUAAAGGUAACCUUUGUCAGAUGAAUAUCAAUGAAUGUGCGUCUAGCCCCUGUCUGAAUCAGGGCACCUGCGUUGAUGGAGUUGCCAGUUUCACCUGUCUCUGUGAGCCACCUUACAGCGGACCCACCUGUGCCGAUUUGCUCACCCCUUGCUCGCCCAAUCCCUGUGCCAACCACGCUUCAUGCGUGCACACGCCCGACUAUCAGGGCUACCAGUGCAAUUGCCAACCUGGAUGGCAGGGUCAAUUGUGUAACAUUGACAUAAAUGAGUGCACCUCUAGCCCAUGUAAGAACAGCGGCACUUGCGCCAACACUUUGGGUGGCUACAUGUGCUCCUGCCGCACCGGCUACACCGGAUCCAACUGUGAAACAGACAUCAAUGACUGCUCACCAAAUCCCUGUCUGAACGGAGGAUCCUGCACAGAUUCAGUAAACUCAUUCCGCUGCAGCUGUCUGCCAGGCUUCACGGGGGAACGCUGUGCCACUGAGGUGAAUGAGUGCCAGAGCGGCCCCUGCAAGAACGGAGGCACAUGUACAGACUACGUCAACAGCUAUACCUGUACCUGCAAACCGGGCUUCACUGGCCUCCUCUGUGAGACUAACAUACCAGACUGCACCGAGAGCUCCUGUUUUAAUGGAGGCACCUGCACAGAUGGGAUUAAUGGCUUCAAAUGCACCUGCCGCUCCGGCUUCACUGGAGAUUACUGCCAGUAUGAGGUGAACGAGUGCGACUCUCAGCCGUGCCUCAACGGAGGGGUGUGCCAAGAUGGUCUGGAGUCAUAUCAAUGUUCCUGCCCGAAAGGAUACAAUGGCCCCCGUUGCCAGUACCCAGUUGACUGGUGUAGAUCAACCAACCCCUGCAAGAAUGGAGGUCGCUGUAGACAGAAAGAUGCAUCCUUCACAUGCGACUGUAUGGGUGGUUGGUCAGGUCGCUAUUGUGACAUCCCCGGAGUGUCCUGUGAAAUUGCAGCCAGACAGAGAGGUCUCCAGACAGACCAGCUGUGCCACCACGGACAUUGUGUCAACACUGGAAACACACACUACUGCAAAUGUCCCGCAGACUACACGGGCAGCUACUGCGAGUCUCAGUUUAAUCGCUGUGAGGAUAAACCUUGCCUCAAUGGUGCCACCUGCAGAAGCUACAUGGGAGGAUACUCCUGUGAUUGUAUGCCUGGUUAUGAAGGGAACAACUGUGAGCAAGAGAUCAACGAAUGUCAGUCUCACCCAUGCCAGAAUGGAGGAAGUUGCAUUGAUCUGGUGGGACACUACAUCUGCUCAUGUCCUCCAGGCACACUGGGUGUUCUCUGUGAGAUAAAUGAGGAUGACUGUGCGACCCCCACAUGGCCUAGGGGAACGGCUAAAUGCCAGAAUAACGGUACAUGUGUGGACAAGGUUGGAGGGUACAGAUGUAACUGCCCUCCAGGCUUCACAGGAGAACGCUGUGAGGGAGAUAUCAAUGAGUGCCUUUCAAACCCCUGCAACCCUUCCAACAGCCUGGAUUGCAUACAGUUGCCCAAUGAUUACCAGUGUUUAUGCAAACCCGGAUUCAUAGGUCGAGGGUGUCAGAAUACAUACAGCGUUUGCGAGUCACAUCCCUGUAGGAAUGGAGGCGCGUGCUCCAUGUCCAGCUCACAGUUGGGAUACACUUGCACCUGUCAACUUGGUUACGCAGGAGCAAACUGUGAGAGGAGUAUGAGCUGCAAAGAGCUGCCCUGCUACAACAGUGGCAUCUGCACUUUAACCUCACGGGGUGCACGUUGCACCUGUCUUCAGGGCUUUGCCGGGCCACAGUGUCAGCAUCGCAGCAACGAGGGCUGUUCCUCCAAGCCCUGUCGUAACGGAGGCUUGUGUACGGAGGAAACCAGCUUCCCCUUUUUCCUCUGCCAGUGCCUCAACGGCUGGUCAGGCAAACGCUGUGAACAGGAACCCGGGAGGGCGCUCCCUCCAGCUUGCCCUAUUGCUGAAUGUCACGGCAAGGCCAAUGAUGGUGUGUGUGACAAAGAGUGUAACUCGCUGGCCUGUCGCUGGGACGGAGGCGAUUGCUCCCUAGCCGCGAAUCCGUGGGCGCGAUGCGCAGAUCCGCGCUGCUGGCGCCUUUUUAACAACAGCCAGUGUGACGAGUUCUGCAACAACGCAGACUGCCUUUACGAUAACUUUGACUGCAAGAACAAAGAAAAAGUCUGCAACCCCAUCUAUGAGACAUACUGUAUGGACCACUACGCAGACGGGCUCUGCGAUCAAGGCUGCAAUAACGAAGAGUGCGGCUGGGAUGGUCUGGAUUGCGCAGGGAAGGUACCGGAAGACCUUGCUGAAGGUGUGUUGGUUAUUGUUGUCCUGCUGCCUCCAGAGGAGCUGCGGAGGACGAAAACGGCUUUCCUGCAGAAGUUAAGCUCCAUACUCCGCACCACGCUGCGUUUCCGGGUUGACCAGAACGGAGAGUACAUGAUCCGACCUUACACGGGCCGCAAUACUCGCCCAAAACGGGAGCUUCAAACUCAGUCAGAGGUCGUUGGGUCAACUGUAUACUUGGAGAUUGACAACAGGCUCUGCUCACAAGGUUCAGAUGAUUGUUUCCGCAGUGCUGACAGUGCUGCUGAAUACCUGGGUGCCCUGUAUUCACGGGAGAUGUUGCACUUCCCGUACCCCCUUAAAGAAGUGCGCAGUGAAGUAAUAAGUACCAUUGAGAUUCCUGAAUGGGGUAAGCUGCUGCUGGUGGGGGUAGCUGCCCUUUUCUUGAUGGUGAUCAUGUUGGUGGGCAUGCUAAUUGCACGCCGCAAACGUGAACACAGCACGCUGUGGUUUCCCGAGGGCUUCUUCCUCAAAAAGGAAACGAGCAGUAACAAAAACCGCAGAGAACCCGUGGGUCAGGAUUCUCUGGGCAUGAAACACAUGCCAAAGACUGUAGAAGAAUCUUUACUGGGAGAUCACAGUGACCAGUGGAUAGAUCCAGAUUACCCAGAAGCCAAACGACUUAAGAUGGAGGAGCCCAGCAUUCUGUCAGAUGGUGAGGAUGCUGUUGACAGCAGACAGUGGACACAGCACCACCUGGCUGCCGCAGAUAUCCGCAUGCCACCUUCAAUGGCUCUCACUCCACCACAGGGUGAAUUUGAUAGUGACUGCAUGGAUGUUAAUGUCCGUGGCCCAGAUGGCUUCACACCGCUAAUGCUGGCAUCAUUCUGUGGCGGCGGGCUGGAGCCAGAGGUGACAGAAGAAGACGACUCAGAAGAAUGCUCAGCCAACAUCAUAUCUGACCUCAUUUACCAGGGAGCAUCGCUUGCCGCACAGACCGACCGCACCGGAGAGACUGCUCUGCACUUGGCUGCACGCUAUGCCCGAGCUGACGCGGCUAAAAGGCUUCUGGAUGCCGGGGCUGACGCGAACGCACAGGACAACACAGGCCGCUCACCUCUGCAUGCAGCUGUAGCCGCUGAUGCUCAAGGAGUUUUCCAGAUUUUGAUCAGGAACCGUGCCACAGACCUGGAUGCACGCAUGUAUGAUGGAUCCACUGCUUUGAUCCUUGCUGCUCGUCUCGCUGUGGAGGGAAUGGUGGAAGAGUUGAUCACUUGUCAUGCUGAUGUCAACGCCGUUGAUGAAAUUGGAAAGUCCGCUUUGCAUUGGGCAGCAGCAGUGAAUAAUGUUGAAGCUACAGUGGCCUUGUUGAAGAAUGGAGCAAAUAAAGACAUGCAGGACCUCAAGGAGGAGACUCCACUGUUCUUGGCUGCCCGGGAAGGCAGUUGUGAGGCAGUGAAGAUGUUGUUGGCUCACUUCGCCAACAGGGAGAUAACCGAUCACAUGGACAGACUUCCCCGAGAUAUCGCCCAGGAUCGUAUGCACCACGAUAUAGUGCAGCUGCUGGAUGAAUAUAACACAGUGAGAAGCCCACAGGGUCACGCAGGAGCCGCUCACCACCUGUCUGGAGGCCACACACUCUCGCCACUCAUGUGCCCUCCCAGCAACUUCCUGCAAGGGCUGAAGAGCACCCCCCAGGGCAAGAAGAACCGACGCCCAGGAGCUAAAGGCAUCGGUGGGCAGCACAUCACCAGCAUGAAAGAUUCAGCCAAAAACCGCAACAAACGGCUGACGCUAGACAUGCAGAGCGCUCUGCUGGAGAGCUCCGUCACGCUGUCCCCCGUGGACUCGCUGGAUUCGCCACGCGGAGGUGCCAGUAACGCCGGCUACAUCACUAAUCCAACAUCGCCAGCUGCCAUGCCCUCUAAUGGCCUUUUCCAUUCCUCCAUGUCAGUACCUAACACUCCUAUGGUGCACAGCAACAUCAUGGAUGGUACCAGCCCUUUCGCCGUUUCCCUGGCUCAGCUGAGUGACCUGGGCGAUGGUGGGCUAUCCAUGCAGGGCCGCGUGGCCAUGCAAGGCGGCGGAGUCAAUCAAGGCCCCCACAACUACGUGCUGAAUGCUGGCCAGAUGAGCCUCAACAUGGGCUUGGUAAGUCCCGUAAGCGUGCCGUUCGACUGGCACAACCGCAUGCCUCCGUCCUCUCAGCCCAUGCAUGUCAACUUGGUGCAUCCAAUAAGCAGCCAAGCAGGUAUGCUUUCUCAGACGUCUCCCCUGCAACAGAGCGGCAUGCUCAUGCACCAGCAGCAAGUAUUCCACACUGCCCAGCAGUCCAUACUGCAACCUACGCCCAUCUCCAGCACGCCCUCCAUAAGCCCAGUCAAAAUGCCCUCUAUUGCAGAGCAGCAGCCACCGCAGCAGCUUCUAAGCCAUGCCCUCAACAACUCAACCCUCGGCCGCAUGUCUUCCACUCCCCCUACGCCGCAGCAGGCGCAGCCACCUCCAGUCUUCUAUCAGCCGCAGCAACCCCAGGCUCAGCCCCCGCAGGCCUCAGCACCUCCUCAGGCCUCGCAAGCACAGGCCAUCCCGUCUCAGGCACCCCCGCCACAGGCGAGCAGCAGCACAGCGGGCCUGGAGGAUUACCCAACGCCACCCUCUCAACACAGCCAUACCUUUGCCAUGGAUGCCACGCCCAAGCAUUACCUGCACGUGCCUAGCGAACAUCCAUACCUGACCCCCUCUCCGGAGUCUCCUGAACCCUGGUCCAGCCCCUCUCCUCACUGUGUGUCGGAUUGGUCUGACUCCACCCCCAGCCCGGCAGUCACGGCUCCUGCCCAAACCCAGAUUUCCCAUGUCCAGGAGUCCAACGGGAAAAUGCAGGUGUUUGCUUGAGCAACACAACGUUUGACCCUAAAUGUUUUGUGACUUCCGGAGAGCAGAGGUUUUUAGGGCUUGUUUUUAUACUUACGUGUCAGCCUUUUUCCAAGAUUUUAAUUGGAUUAGGAUUGACUGUGUCUUGUCGAGAGGACCGUCUGCCGGUGUGCGCAGAAAGAACGUCAAAGGGAAAUUUGUGUUGUCUUAAAAAGAAAAGACAAUUUAAUGAAGUAAGACAUUCUGUCACAGAUGGACUUGUUUUUUAAUUAUAAAAAAGUAUAUGAAGAAAACCACGUCUUUCAUUUCAAAGACUUGGGGACGUUCCUGAAACUAACAAACUUUUUAAAAAGUAGAUUGAGAGAAAAGUGAAAUGUUGAAGGAAAUUCCUUUAUUUAUUGUCUUGUUCUUCCAAACUGCCUUGUGGGUGUUUUUACCCUCUGUUUUGGUUUCUUUUAGUGACCCCCAUAACAUAUGCCUUACUACUGGGACCCCUGAGGUUUUCUCAGGUUCCCUAUUGCUACUGUUACAACAGGAGAUGCCUGCGAUGGCUUAGCUCGACCCCUCCCCUUCGGUUUCAUCAGAAGCAGUGAAUGCAGGCUAAAAAACACACGAGACGAGAUUUUUUGUGAUAUUAUUUAUUUCUGCCAUCGUCAUGAAAACAGACGUAUGUUAAAAUGUUCCGAUUUGAAAUGAGUUUAUACAUUCUGUAAAAGUAUUUGUAUGAAUUUAGAGGAGCAUCUGUGAAGCACUUCAAGGGGAAACGCUUGAGAGACACUAAGAAAUCCUUUUUUACGUUUUAUAACAAAAGUGCAUAUAAGCGCUUUUCUAAACAGGCCAGUGUUUGGGAUUUAUUCAGUUUAUCAGUGUUUAGUUAUUUUUAUAGGCCUGAGCUGGCCAAUACUCGACCCUCACCUCUAAGAAUCCAUCGGCAAAGGGCAUAUUUACCAGGGAGGUAAAUCAGCCAGCCACUGCCUUACAGUCUUGCCUUGUGUACAUUUCCUUUAAUAUUCUUUUUAUAACCACGUUUUUUGUUUGUUUGUUUGUUUGUGUUUUGAGUUAUCUGUACAACACUGAUGUAUUAAGCUGUGUUAAUAGGCUGCUCUGCAUUUUUUUCUCUGGUGACCCGCGUCUCCUUUCCGCAAACAUUCCUGAUCCAAGCAGUUGCGGAGCUGCUGACUGCUAUGCGACUGAUCUCACAAUGUUCCUGAUCUCUCACGAGCACUUCAUUUUAAUAACCAACAGCUGCAGUAGACACUCGACCACAAGAAAGUCUGGGUCUUUACGGCGCCAUGGCGGUGUGGUUGAAAUUUGAUGUAAUUCUAUCCUUUAGGUCCAGGAUUUUCACGGAGGUCUAAUCAUAUUCCAGCUCGUUUGCUUUGGGUAGUGAGCAUAUGUCCUUGGCUCUGUGAUGUGAUGGGUACGUGGCUAACGAGGUUGCUAAUGGUCUGCUAGCGCUUUGUCACUCCUCAGGGAGGUGUUAUAUAGCAUGCAGUGUUUCUGCAUCUUUAGCAGUUCCCACCUCGCCGGCCUAGACGGUGACAUCUGUCGUGUCUGGUCAGAAGGAGAGGGAAACACUACUAUGUAGUGAUACCCCUGGCUUUCUGCAACAUUUCCUUAUGUUAAGCCCUCUUAAAUAUUCCCAACACACCUGAAUUAGUUGACACGCAGAGUUGUUUUUAUUUACAAUCCUCAAACGCUUAUUUCACUACACUAUGGCACAUUAAAUGUUUUUAGCCAUACAAACAUAUUUUGUUUUAAUGCAUAUCUAGGACGCCUUUGUCCUAGUGUUCAAUUGUGCCUAAACCGUAUGUUAAGUGUACAGCUAUGAAAUAAUAAUACUUUGCCAUGUUUCAAGGUUCGGCAGGGUUUUGGAGCACAUGCUGCAGCUUUUUGUUAUUCUGCAGACACAGUAAGCUUAGAUAACCCACCAUUUGUUUUUCUUUCGUUCAUAAUCCACCCCAUUAUACAGUCAGUGCUCCAGAGAUUUUUGAGAAAUCCAGUACUUUUAUGUAAAUAUGUUUUGCCUUGUUUAGGUCUACUUGUUUAUGAGAAGUCGUAUGUUUCUAUAAUGAAUGUGUACUAAAAAGAACAAAAAGUAAAUGUACUUUUUAUUAGCGUUAUUAAGGUGAGGAUGUGACUGUGUAUUGGCAUUACUAGAACAGGCAUAGAUAUUUUCUAUCUUCAUUAUUAAUUUCCUAUACUUGUUUAAAAGUAGUUUAAACUCAUUGUAUAUAAACAGCUUUUCACGGUUUCUUUCUACAAAGUUGUAAAAUAUGUUACUUCUAAUAAAGCAGUAGGAACUACA